AUGCUGGCAAAAGUCCCUUCGAAUUGCUUCGCGGAGUGCACUCGGUGCAUUCCCGGUGGUGGGCAGAGGCUACACGUCGCCGGAGGAUCCUGGCCGCUGCUUGGCUUGCUCUCCUCCUCCCCUGGCCAUGGCGGAAGCAGCUGCGGCAGGAGGAGGCUCGCCGUCAAGGCCAGGACCUACACGCGGAUACCGAUGGAGACCGCCGGCGCCUACCAGCUGAUUGACGAGGAGACGGGUGAGAGGGUCAUUGUCUGGGGCGGGGUCGACGACGGACCCGAUUCGCCUCUCCCCCCCAAGGAGGUUCUCACCUGGAAGCCCGACGAAGAGCCGGCAGACUCAAUUGGUGAGUAGAGAGAGAGGAUAACACGUACGAUUUCGUAGAAAACUGAAUCCUUUCUCUUUUUAACUCUGUUGGGCAUUCAUUUUUUUCUCAUAAUUUUACAGCACAUGGUGGCAAUUCUUUGUUGCAUUUCUUCGUUGGGUUCUCUAAUGUAAGUCGCGCAAUUAUCGCGCAGGGCCCGUCGGCGGUGAUGGCAAACCUAGGAGGAGAACCGCGGGCACCGCUGGGAACUUUGGAAAGUUGAAGGCACAGAAAGUGAAGGCCCUGAUUAGGAGCAAGAAGACGCCACUGACUGGAUUGGGUGUCGAUGUUUCUGAAGAUGAUGCUGAUGACGAGGGCGUGUCCAUCAGUGCAGACACUGACUUGGGAGCGAAAAUGCAGAAAAUAACUGAACUGGUCAGAAGUAAGAGGGCGCAGCUAUCCCAAAUUGGCGUAGAUGUUGAUGCAUCUGAUGAUGAUGAUGAAGAAGAAGCUGACGAUGGUCUUGAGGAUGACAUAGCUGCCAAUACUGAGAUCGAAUUUGGGGCAAAAGAUGAUGGCAGUAGACGCAGUGAGGAAAGUAUUAGACGAUCGAGAUUCUUGGGUGUUCUUCAGAGAGGGAAACGUGUGCCUGCAGGUGGGAAUGAUCGUCAGAAGGCUGGCGGCACAUCCCCCUUGAGAGGGUGGAGGAAUGCGCAGUCAUCCACCAUGGAGAGAGCUUCCGAUCAACCAACUGGCCAUCUGAAGAAGCAGCAUCGAGAUUUGUCGGGUGAUGAUGGGAGAUUCUUUAGUAGGAAGUCUUUUAGAGAGUUGGGUUGUAGUGAUGACAUGGUGGAGUGUCUAAGUAGGCAACAGUUUCGUCAUCCCUCGCAUAUUCAGGUGCGACCCCUCUUGCUCCUAUUUAGGAUGAAUACUGGGAAGUCUCUGUCUGAAAAAUUGGCCUUUUGUCAAUUUCUGUGGUGACGUAACUGUUGGUUCGCACUGAUUGGCAACCCUUUUUGUUAUUACAUCCUUGGAUUUAUUCUAGUGUAAUUUCACCAUGACAAUUGGACAAAAUGUUGUAUGCAUCAGAACUUGUUGAUUCAGCUUGGAGCAAACUGUUCUGGCUUUUUGUGACUGACUACUGAAUGAUGAUGAGCUGCCGGGCUGUGCCUGCUUUGUCCCUACUUAAAACUCUUUUCUUUCUUCCUUGAGCCAUGCUGGUCAAGACUUGCCUCAAGUUUCUUAUGCUGUUCUUUUGAAGCUGAGUUCUGAUUAUGGUCCUAUUAUGCAUUCUUAUUCAGUGAAUUGUUCAUUGAUGACCGCAGGCACUGACAUAUUCACAUCUUCUAGAGGGAAAGAGUUGCAUCAUUUCGGAUCAAAGUGGAUCAGGAAAGACAUUAGCGUAUCUUGCUCCAACAAUACAGCGCUUGAGGCAAGAAGAACUCCUGGGGCUUAGGAAAUCUUCCUCAAGGAGUCCUCGGGUACUCAUAUUAGUGCCUACUGCAGAGCUGGCUACUCAGGUUGGUAUUUUGGAUUUACCCUAUGUUGGCUUGGUAGAUUAAUUUUAAAGAAGCCCUUUUCAUGCUAUUCCUUCUGUUGAGAUCUGAGGAAAUGACAAAGUCUUCUGUUAGAUUUUUUGCCCUGUAGUUUUUUAAUGAAACUUUUAGGUUUUGGCAUUGCAAGUAGAAUAAAAAAAAAUCUAGAUUAAGUGCAGAGUGGAUGUGGCAUUUUUAAGCCACUGAAUAGGCAUUAGUGUAAACGUCCUCAGGAACAUCUGAACUCUGCAGCUGGUCUGUAGGAUCAAUGUCAUCUAUUGAUGUCUGAACUAAUAUAGACAAAGAAUGAUCACGGAGAUGCUUUUUUGCAGGUGCUUAAUAACUGCCGAUCCAUAGCAAGAUCUGGUGUCCCAUUCAGGUCUAUGGUUGCAACUGGAGGUUUCCGACAGAAGACUCAGCUGGAAAGCCUUCAACAGGACUUGGACAUUCUUAUAGCAACACCAGGCCGUUUCAUAUUUCUACUUCAGGAAGGCUUUUUGAAAUUAAAUAAUCUGAAAUGGUAAUUGAUUAAUGAUUUGGUAUCAUUUUUUUAUGAGAAUGGAACCGUGAUUUUGUAUAAAAUAUAUAUUCACAGCACCUUUUGGAUUGAUGAAAUCUUUUUAUCUUCCAUCAUCUUUGUUAUUUGAUAACUUUCAUGCCAUUCUAACUAGGAAAAAGAACAUGAAUCAUUAUUCUGUUAAGUGGCUGUCUCAUUUAUCUUAAGUGAGACGUGUUAAAGGGCUCCUACCAUUUUUUCUACUUAUUCGCUUUUCUCUGCAUCAUGCCACUAAAUUUCUGAUCUAUUACCUGCCUGUAAAUGAUAUUAAGCUUUUGUCAACUGCUUUGUGAUGCCUAUUGGAUGGCUUAGUUUAUCAUUGAAGCGAAAUAGGUUUAACUCUAACAGGGUUUUUUGUAGAAUAGUAGCUACGAGAGAGAUUUUUUUGAAAGAAGUUGGAGCAAGAAUCAAUUAAGCUUCGUCAUAUAUCAUAAUUGUUGGGAACCCAUGUAAAUUCUUAUUCAUGUCCACCAGAAGCUUCAAUCAAAGAGGAGGGAAUAAGAAGAAGGUAAUUUACCAAGUCCAUGGUAUGCAGAAAUAUAUUCUAGAAUCAAGUGUUAUUGGCACCUUUGAUUGUGAAAGAAAAAAGAUUGCUAUGAGGAAACCCAUUUUCCAGAUUGAUGGUGGGAAUGACAUUUUUUCCCGCACAGUACGGUUGACAAAGGCCCUAUACCCUUUCUGGUUUCUAUUCACCAGGAAUCACUUGUUCUGACCCACACUUGGUUGUUUCUGUUGCCGAUUAUUAAACUCUAGGAGGCACAUAAGGAUGGGUAUCCAUUCAGGUUUCAGCAAACAAUUGUGAUCUGUACUGGACUGGACCAGUGGAUUUCCAGGGUCUAAUUCAGAUGGGGACUAGUUGGCCAAUCUAAGGUGCUUUAGGAUAAAAAAUGAGAAAAAAUGAUAUAUUUCGAAUAUAUGAAACAGAGAUUUAUUUUAAAUGAAAGUUUUAACAAAGGUUUUUCUAUAAACAUCAGUGUUCCACUCGAUCCCUAUUCUUCUACGAGAAAAAUCGGCAUGUGUGUUUGAGGUUGGAGGGUGGCAGGUCGUCAUUGCAGGUGAAUGGUAUCAAUUCACUUGUGAGUUUACCUUAUUUUUUCCAUUUAAUGUGGAAUUUAUGUGCUCACUUCAUUUCUAGUUCUACAUGUUCAAGAAAUAUUGUACAAGAAAGUUAGAAAGACAAGUUGUUUGUCGUCUGCAUGUGCUGCAGUAAGCAUAGUUUAAGCUGGCUUAUGAUGAGGAAAAAUGUUAAAUGAUAUCCUUUUUCUUUGGUGAUAGUCUCGGAUGUGAUGCGAAGCAUAUUGUCUCAUCUCACUCGUAUUUCCUUAUUUCAACUCGUAUUAGGAGAUGAAGUGGAAAUAAUAUUUGAACUCCAUCCUUCUUGCCGCAACCUUUCUUUUAAGUGCCUCUGCAAUCAUACAAUGCACCUCAGCAAGAUGAUGGUUUCUUUAUGGUUUUGGAAUGAUCUAAUAACUCAAAUCGUCUUUGUUUUCGGGGUCUCUUGCUGCUGGAACUUUUGACGAUCUGCUAAGUGUUUUUCUUCUCUGUUGUUAUCUAUUGUAUCAGUGCUGUGCUUGAUGAGGUGGACAUACUCUUUGGCGACGAAGCAUUUGAGCAGGUUUUACGGACCUUAAUCAACUCCGUGCCAGUAAUGACACAGUAUCUGUUUGUAACUGCAACUCUGCCGGUUGAUAUUUACAACAAGUUAGUGGAGGAUUUUCCUGAUUGCGAGGUGAUAGCAGGACCGGGUAUGCACCGUACCAGCUAUGGCCUAGAAGAGGUUGGGUUUAUUACUGUCUUUGUUGAGAUGAUCUUGGAUAGUCCGUAUACUAGCAGAUGCAUGAAACUAUUUUCGUCCUGUAGCUUCCUCUGUUCUCUCUUCUUCAUUCGUUCCAGAUAUUGUCUGUCAUCCCUAGGACUGCAAGAUUUGUGAACACUAAUCCGUAUAUUGGGCUGUAGAAUUUUACUCUCCUACCAUGGCUGAAGUUGCUUUUCAUGCAUUAAUUUGGUCAGAAAAAUGUCUUAGUUUGGGUUCUAAGCGAUAAUUACUAAUUUCUCGGAAUUAGUUGACCCUAGGCAGUAGUAUAUGGCUUAUUUCUCCUGAAACUUUGCCAGAAUCUAUUUAUGUGGAGUGUGCGCUUCUGAAUCAGUCAAUCAUUCUGGAUUGGACCAGGAUGGAUGGGGCUGCAUCUGCCCUAUCGUAGACUGUGUGAGAAAACGCCUGCAAUGGGAAUCGUAGCAGGCGAUAUACCUGGUUGGUUACUUCUAGCAGCGGCCGCUAAAAGUUGGGACAUUUGGUUUUGAUGCAGGUUCUCGUUGACUGCAGUGGAAAAGAUGGGGAGGAGAAAACCCCUGAAACAGCCUUCUCCAAUAAGAGGACUGCCUUGCUGCAGCUCGUGGAGCAAUCUCCUAUUCGCAAAACUGUCAUCUUCUGCAAUAAGGUUGCAUUCUUUUCCCUUAUGGAUUAACGCCAUUGACUAUUUAUUUCCUCUUUCAUGCACUUAUAUGAAGUUUCCAGAGAAAUUUUUCUUGAGUUAAGAAAACCCAAAUUCCUCAGCCCAACGGAAAGGCUUUCCUUGAGUUAUUCCUCUCAGUAGGUCUUGUUGGCUUCCCUUUGGCAGAUAGAAACCUGCAGAAAGGUUGAGAAUCUGUUGAAGCGUUUUGACAGGAAGGAGCAUCGCAUCAAGGUCUUGUCGUUCCAUGCUGCAUUAGAGCAAGAAUCACGCCUGUCAAAUAUGAAGGAGUUUAUGAGUUCACAGUCAGCUGACUCAUUGUUUCUGAUAUGCACCGACAGGUACCAGUGUGACCCUUCCUUUGACUACUUUUUAGUAGAUUUUUAAAUUUUUUUUCCAGUAGGUGUAGAUAUGUUUAUUUUUGGUAGAUUUACGAGUACCUGGUGAUAUAUUUCUGUACUACAGGGAUUAUACUUUGUCAAUAUUAAUUAUAGGAGUUGAUGGUGUAGUCAACAUCCCUCCCUAGUAAGAAAGAAGAGAAUGCUUCCUCUUUGACUUCCUUCCCAUGAAGAAACCAUCGGUUUGGAUUAAUCAUUUGAAUCAAUCCACCUAUUCAUCUCAUCUUUCCUUGGCAACAGGGCUUCACGGGGAAUUGACUUUGCCAACGUGGACCAUGUGGUGCUCUUUGACUUUCCGCGGGACCCAAGUGAGUACAUCCGCCGCGUCGGGAGGACGGCCCGGGGCGCUGGUGGCACAGGCAAGGCAUUUGUGUUUGUGGUGGGCAAGCAGGUCUCCUUGGCCCGUAAAAUAAUGGACAGGAACCAGAAGGGCCACCCUCUCCAUGAUCUUCCCUCUACCUAG